AUGGUUGCUAAUACUCCCACUAUUCCUCUUCUCACCCCAUACAAGAUGGGCAAAUUUAAUCUUUCUCACAGAAUUGUUCUGGCACCAUUGACUAGACAGAGAUCUUAUGAUAAUGUUCCACGAUCGCAUGCCAUUCUAUAUUACUCCCAGAGAACCACAAAAGGAGGUCUUCUCAUAGCUGAAGCCACUGGAGUUUCUGACACAGCACAAGGGUAUCUACAUGCACCUGGUAUUUGGACCAAAGAGCAAGUAGAGGCAUGGAAACCCAUUGUGGAUGCUGUCCAUGCCAAAGGCGGUAUAUUCUUCUGUCAAAUAUGGCAUGUUGGAAGGGUUUCAAAUACUGGUUUUCAGCCGAAUGGGCAAGCUCCAGUCUCUUCUACAGACAAGCCAAUAUCUGCUCCAGUUGAAGGCAUGGAAUUCACACCUCCAAGGCGUCUGAGGACAGAUGAAAUCCCUCAAAUUGUCAAUGAUUUCAGAAUUGCUGCAAGGAACGCAAUAGAAGCUGGUUUUGAUGGAGUUGAGAUCCAUGGGGCUCACGGAUACCUAAUCGACCAGUUUAUGAAAGAUCAAGUGAACGACAGAACUGACCAAUAUGGUGGAUCACUAGAGAACCGCUGCCGAUUCGCUUUGGAAAUAGUUGAGGCUAUAGUCAAUGAGAUCGGAGCAGAUAAGGUUGGAAUAAGACUAUCUCCUCAUGUAAAUUUUAUGGAAUCAGGAGACUCGAAUCCAGAAGCACUAGGGCUCUACAUGGCUAAUUCCUUGAAUAAAUAUGGUAUUGCUUACUGCCACAUGGUCGAGCCAAGAAUGAAGAUAGGCGCAGAAAGUACUAAAUUCUCUGAAAGUCUGCUGCCUAUAAGAAAGGCUUUCAAUGGUACUUUCAUUCUUGCUGGUGGCUAUGACAGGGAAGAUGGAAACAGAGCUGUUGAAGAGGGCCGCGGCGACCUUGUCGCUUAUGGUCGCUUGUUCUUAGCUAAUCCAGAUUUGCCAAGGAGAUUUGAGCUUGAUGCUCCUCUGAACAAGUACGACAGAGAAACAUUUUAUACACAUGAUCCUGUUGUUGGUUACACUGAUUAUCCUUUCCUUGAAGACACUGCCUAA